AUGCGAUUGAAGCCUGUCGUUACGGUCGGAAUUUCGGCGCAAUCUUUGGCGGCGUCGCCGCGUGAAGUUUCACACAACUGGCCACUGAAUAUACAGUUCGAGCAUAUAUCCGAUUUAUCCAAAUUUUUGGUUAUAUUUCAUGGGUUCAAUCACGAAAAGUCAAUGAAGCGUUUGCGCAGACAGCGAACGCGAACACAAAAGAAAAUGCACGAUGUUGCUGCCCCUGGCUGCAAACUUACACUUUUGCACGUUCGACGCGUUCGGAUUGGGUUUCCCCAGUUGCUAGCACUUGCGGGAUGGCAAUUAAGAGCCAGGGCUACACAGUCGCACCACAGCGUUUUGGCAUUAUUUUGCCCGCUAAAUCGUCAGGGCUGCACAAGUGGUCGCGUUCAGCGAGAACUAAUAAAGAGUGAUUUUUCACUAAGCGGUUAUGUUAUCGAUAAUUGUACAAUACUGCUUAUCUCAGUAAAAGCCCAAUUUUAAUCGAAAUUGUUGUAGCUUGGUUACCUAUAUGAAUUGAAGAAAUUAAACGCAUUCACUUGUAAAUGGAAUGUUUUUAUAACGCAAUCUAUAAUUUCAUAAUUUUUU